AGGCCACGCACGAGUAUGUACUGUACACGCAUCUCCUUAUUGAGGGAUUCUCCACUGCCGAAGCAGAAAGCCGUUUGAUGAACUCAACAAUGAUGCCCUAUAACAUAUCCCUCAAUGAUACCACAUCUGCGAACAUUCUGAACCUUCAGAUCACUACAGAGUGCAACAUUACGAAUUUUGGAAGGUCCUGUGUAUGCAAGGCUGGAUUCCUAUGGAACAUGACAUCCUGUUACACGUAUCCAACAUGUGCCGGUUAUCCUUUCUGCACCUGCCUAAUGGUGCCAAACGGCAGUGUUCCAUUUUGUGAGCUGCCGUGCGACCCUUCUAACGCUACAGUUGCUCUUAAUGGAAUAUUUACACUUAAUCAAAAAUAUACAACAGAGCUGCAAAAAUCCAGCAACCCAGCCUAUAAGACUCUAGAAAAGAAUAUUACUACAGCUCUCGUGUUUGCCUAUUCAGGAAAAUGUUCUCCUUUGAACGUGUCUAUAUCUGGAUUCAGCAAUGCAGGAGGCGUUAUUGCACAUUACCAGAUGUUGUUGGGAGAUCCAGUAACCACAGGCAACCUCACAGCAAGUGCCACUACAGCAGUUCAGCUUCUUCAAAAUGCUGUUAAUUCCACCGUUACUGUAGCAGGAAUGUCUUCCAUUGAACCCCAGCAACUCAGAGUGAACAUGUGGAGUCCAAUUAUACUGACAUGUACAAUUAAUGAAAAGAUGGAUGCCGUGGAUUGGUAUUUGAUAACAAAUAACGGCACAGAUAUGAUUUUCGAUGCUGGGACAAAUAUACGAAUUUCAACAUCAUAUCCUGCAGGGGCAGGCAUGACUAUCUCAACUCUCUCAAUCGCCAGAGCAGAUCAGUGGUCGAUUGGAACAUAUCUCUGCCAGUUUUCCCGCAAAGGCCUACAUUAUAACGCCACUGCUCGAGUUAAUGUUUCCCUGCUCCCGUCUGAAAUCAUCCUCAAACCAAUCCAAUUAAGUUUUCUUGCCUCUGCCGGAAAUAGUGUGAGACUGCAAUGCUGUGCUAAAAUUGAUGGGGAAUCCUAUAGGGUAACAUGGACAUACAAUGGAAAAACAGAAAAUGCAUAUGCUGCAGGUACACAGGCAGAUUUACAGUGUUACACGUUGAACGUAAGUGCACCCUCUACAGACACCAAUUACAACUGCACAUUUAUCAACAGCGCCGGCCAAAAACAAUCGGCCAUUAUUCUCGUCACCAUAAUAAAAGACGGAGAACAAUUUUGCCCGCAAACUAAAACAAAUGAUGGAAUUAGUUGGGGCAUUACAAGAGCUGGGUUACAGGUCACUGUCUGCUGUGCCUCGGGAAAAUCAGGAAAUCAGACGAGAAACUGUUCUGCUAAUGGAGAGUGGAUGGAGGUGCAAGAUAACUGUAUUAGUCUUAUUCUGAAGAAAGCACUGACUGAUGCCCAGACAUUACAAAAUGGCCUUGGAAACUUGCAAGAAAGGGUACCAGCGAUACUGUCAGUGGUGACUGAUCUUUCAGCAGUAUCAGUUAACAAUCCUGCAGGAGUGACCACUCUAGUGUCUAUACUGGGAAUCAUCUCAAAUGUCUCUGCAAACAUGAAAGUGACUUUUGGCGCCAGUGUUGUAACAGACUUCCUGGCAGUUGCGAGCAACCUUUCGGAUGCCAGUUUCUCGUCACUAUGGAAGACCAGCAGAAGCCCUGCUGCUUCUAAUAUGAUGAAGUCAGUAGAGCAGUUUAGCGCCCUGUUUAAAACAGACAAUGAUACAUUUGAUAUUCUUCUACCGUAUAUUCAGCUGAAGAGAAGCUCCUAUGGAAACAUGAGCAAUAUUGAUGACUAUGCAAAGGCAUUCAGUGAUUUCAAUGGAGUAACCACAUUCAUAAAUAAAGAGACCAUCACUGCCAUGUUGGCUACAGAUAACAUCACUAUUACUACUCUGGUGUUCAAGACAAUUGGAUAUCUGUUGCCCAACACCACUACCGGACCAUUUAACGGUGCUCAGUUAAAUAGUGUCAUUCAGUCUACUUCUAUAAAUUCAGCAGUCUCAAUCAAUUUGUGUGGUGAGAUUCAUAUGAACUUUACGACUAACUUCUCAGGCAGUAAUUAUGGACAACGCUGUGCUUUUUGGGACUUCUCCCAACCUGGCGAUGGUGGUGGAUGGUCAGAUCAAGGAUGCAAAUCCAACGUUAAUGAAAAUUUGACGAUCUGCUCAUGCAACCACUUGACCUCCUUUGCCGUGCUGAUGUCCAUUAACGCUGAACCCUUAUUUUUAAUUGAUGAGAUCACAUAUGCUGGCCUGGCGGCUUCCAUACUAUCUCUGUGUGUGUGUAUCAUUACAGAAUGCUUAGUGUGGAAGUCUAUUGUAAGAAACAACAUCUCUUAUUUUCGACACAUUUCUCUAUUUAACAUAGCACUUUCCUUGUUGUUUGCCGAUGCUUUCUUCUUCUCCGCCACUUUCGAAUCAGUAAAGAACUACAAGUUCAUCUGCCUUUCGAUAACCUUCCUGAAUCAUUUCUUCUACCUGGCCCUUUUUUUCUGGACUUUUUGCCAAAGUGUAAUGCUUCUCCAUCAGCUCCUGUUUGUUUUCCACCACGUUCGAAAGAAAAUAUUUAUUUCACUUUCGCUUAUUGUGGGAUAUUUUAUCCCUGCCCUAAUAGCCACCGGCACUUUUUUCUAUUUCUACCCUAAACAAACAUACCUACACCAAAGUGUGUGCUGGCUGAAUCCUGAAAGUGGAGCCAUUUAUACAUUUGCCAUUCCCGCUGGAUCAAUCAUUAUUUUCAAUUUCAUGAUCUUGAUGGUGGUAAUUUCCAAGUUAUCUCGACCCUCUGUGUCAGAAGCUCACCGUCCAGAAGAAAAGGAAACAGCCAAAAGAAUCAUGAAGGCAGUGUUUGUGUUGACACCUGUUUUCGGUUUAACUUGGAGCUUUGGCUUUGCUUUACUCAAUGACCUUGAUUCUCUAACCAGACAAAUUUUCUCAUAUGGAUUCGCUGGGCUGAAUGCUUUUCAGGGCUUCUUUAUCUUAUUAACGUGCAUGACAGAAAAAAAGGUGCGAGACGCUCUCACUAAAAAGGUUUCCUCACGUAUCAAGUCAUCAACAAAGUCAUCAAUGACUAAAUCUGAAGUUCCAAAGAAAAUAUUUAAGGUUUCCACCAUCAGUAAAGACAAGUAAAGAAGAAUUUGGGACAUGCUUUGGUCACAUAUAUCAGCUCUGAAGCUCUAUCAAGCAUCCAAGAAUAAAGACAAAAUACUGUAUACUCUCACUAUUCCAUACCCUAUAUUUUAUUUUUCCUGAAGAAAUGUAAUUGAAUUAUAUGCUAUUAGAUAAAUAAAAUAACAGUUGUGUGGACAAUCUUGGUCUCAGCAGAUGUUGUUCAACUACAACUUCCAGUGAUAGUAGCUAUAGCUGACUGAUAUCUAGAGGCAGCAAGCUUGCCCAGCCCUGCUGUGGAUUAUAUUCCAACAGGCCAGGAGAUCAAUGUUUUAUUAUAAUCCAGGAAAUAUUCCGGUAGCAUGAUGAGUAACUGUAUAGUAAUGUUGAUCUGUGUAGUCCAUGGGAAAUUACAUUAAUGUGAGAUCACAAAGCUCCUAGUUAUAAAUCCAGAGUACAUUAUGGAUGUUGAUGCGUGCAUCCGACACGACACAUCUAUCAGAUGAAGACGCAACAUGCAGCGUUCACAUCCGACAGUCGUGACAGAUGCACGCAGCAACAACGUCCGACAUGGGCGCUUCCGACGUGACUCCUGCGUCAUCUCAGCGUGCCGGAACAUAUGCAAUUGCAGGUAAAAUCGCUUGUGUAGUUGUAGUACCCUAAGGGUUGGAGCUACAUGCCUAGGCAAAAAAACAGGUAACCUCAAACAGUGUCAGACUGGGGGCCCUGGGCCCACCAGACCUGUAGCCUCAG